AGAAGGUACUGGGAGACCGGAAGAGGAAGGGCGGGACUUGGCUCCCCAGCCAAUCGACGGAGAAGACUGAGUCGCAGCCUGCUUGGAAGGCCCAUUGAAAGCGUGCGGAGGAGGAGGCUUCUUCCGGCAGGGCUGUGUAAGGUGAAGGACGUCGGCUGUGGAGUUUGUGUCUCUGGCGAGAUUGAAAUCAUGGCAGGUCCAGAAACCGAUGCCCAGUUCCAGUUCACUGGCAUCAAAAAAUACUUCAACUCUUACACUCUCACAGGUAGAAUGAAUUGUGUACUGGCCACAUAUGGAAGCAUUGCUCUGAUGAUUUUGUACUUCAAGUUUAGGUCUAAAAAACAGCCAGCUGUGAAAGCAACCUAAAUGAGUUGGGGAUCAAACCCAGGGCAUUGUGCAUGCUGAGACUUUACAAUGUUUGGCUUCACCUGUUAAGUUCCCAUGCCUGGAGGAGCCAAUGUCAACUCAUCAUGUAAUACUCAAUUUGUACAAUAAAUUAUGAACCUGGAAAA